AUGCAGCUGCCGCAGGAUCGCAUUGCUAUGAUCUCUGCUCGGUUCAACGAAACGAACAAGGACACCGAGAAGAAGUUCCGAGCAGUGUGCGAGCUGCUCCGUGCACGUGGUCUCACCAUUCUCAUGGUAGACGCAGGGGGGGGCGAUGAUUUCGGUGUUUUGACUGCCAGAUAUUUGCGGCAACUGAAGCGGGCAAGAGGCGUGAUGCUCUCAGUCUGCACUCCAGACUACGCCGAGAAAACUAAGAGCUCCUAUUCCUCUUUUGCUGAGCUCAAAUACGCGAAAGACAAUGAAGAUUGCAUAGAUGUCGUACCCUUGAGGGUUGACGACAUCUACCCCCCCCGACCGCCGUGGGGCGAAGACCAUAUUGACAAACACGGCGACGCCGAAGCCCUCGUAGAAAUGGUCAUGCCGAACUCAAAGGUGUACCUGGAUUGCAGGGACAAGAAGGAGGACGCCCUGGUCAUACGCACA